UCGCGUAAGCGCUUGACGUCAGCAUAACAACAACCUGUCAUGACAGCUCGUAUGGGGGAAAAAAUAUCGACAAAGAUAUCAAAUCAUAUAAAAUCUGUUUCACCUGGAUGUAAAAGUCCUUCUGUAAGUGUGUGAGAUCCAGGAGGGACAGGGCAUUCUUGGACCUGUCAGUUAGCCAGCCGAAGAGACGGGGAACAGGAUAGGGAAGCAGGGCGAGGCGGGCCCCGCGGAGCCGGUGGAGAAGAUGGCCGGCAGCCCGGAGAAGAGUUCCACCGCGCAGGAGCUGAAGGAGCAGGGGAACCGGCUGUUCCUCUGCCGCAAGUACCAAGAGGCUGCUACAUGUUACAGCAAAGCUAUUAACCGUAAUCCAUCGGUGGCAGUGUACUACACCAACAGGGCUCUCUGCCAUGUGAAGCUGCAGCAGCAUGACAAGGCUCUGGCAGAUUGUAAGCAUGCACUGGAGCUGGACAGCCAGUCUGUCAAGGCCCACUUUUUCUUGGGCCAGUGUCACCUGGAGCUGGAGAACUAUGAUGAGGCCAUCGGCAACCUGCAGAAAGCUUAUAACCUGGCAAAAGAACAGAGGCUGAAUUUUGGUGAUGACAUCCCCAGCGCCUUGCGCAUUGCAAAGAAGAAACGUUGGAAUAGCAUCGAGGAGAAGCGCAUCAACCAGGAGAACGAGCUACAUGCCUAUCUGACUAAACUCAUACUUGCUGAGAAGGAAAGAGAACUUGAAGAAUACAAAGAGAAACAGGAUGACAAUCAAAAUGGAGGCGAUUCUGCUAAGAUUGCAUCAAAACAUGACAAGUAUCUAAUGGACAUGGAUGAGCUCUUCUCUCAAGUGGAUGAGAAAAGAAAAAAGCGGGAGAUCCCAGAUUACCUGUGUGGGAAGAUCAGCUUUGAGCUAAUGCGGGAGCCCUGCAUCACACCCAGUGGAAUCACCUAUGAUCGCAAGGACAUUGAAGAGCACCUACAGCGAGUGGGUCAUUUUGACCCGGUCACCAGGAGUCCCCUGACCCAGGACCAGCUGAUCCCGAACCUGGCCAUGAAGGAAGUGAUUGAUGCCUUUAUCCAGGAGAACGGCUGGGUGGAGGACUACUGAGGGGACCCCCCAUCUCUCCAUCAUCCUUCGAUACUCAACACAAAGCCUGGACAACACAAAACUAUAGAGAACAGAUCACCCCUUGCCUGGAUUGUGGACUUUACACAAGCGGGAAAAGCCACACUAUGGACUACCAAAUGGGAGCCAUGUAUCUCGGUCUGCCUCUUCCUCCUCCUCACAAUUUUAUCUUUGCUGUAAAACAUCCCCGCUCUGACCCUUUUGAGGCGCGCUGUCCAUGGCCUGAUGCUCCCUUUAAGAACCCCUGUCAUUCUGCUCUUUCUAUACUUCCUCUCUUACUUCCUCUUCCUUUCUGCCAUGCUGUAUCUAGUCUCUCAAGCCUGACUCCCUUCUUAUUCUAAAUAAGGGGCCACGUUCUCAGGUGCUCCCUUCCUACUCUGCCUCUCGUUCUCUGAGUGCCACAAUCCUUGGAAAGCAUCAGCAUUGCACUCCAGUUUUUCACAGAAACCACCAAUAUUAAAAAAGAAAAGAAAAAAAAGACACAUGGUGGUUGAAUACAUUAAGACUUUGGCCUUUUAUUUGGCAUUAACUCCAGUAUUUCAUAGUCAUUUUUUCAUUAAACAGUGGACUGUUUGCCCACUUGUUAAUGUACAUUAGCUGAAGUGGUACCAAAAAUGCCAAAAACGUGUUCUCAACAAGGGUGACUAGUUUGUAUGCAAGUUUUACAUCAUGAUGAUUUUUGAAAUAGUCGUAUCGAAUCAAGUCCCUUCUUCACCUCCAGGGGGCGCUCCACCCAUGCCACCCUACUGUAAGAUUUUGUGUAGACUGUUAUUUUAUCUUUUUGCAUAUCAAUCACACCCCGUUAAAGACAAUUUAAAUAAGUUGAAUGUAUGCAUAAUGUACGCUUUAGGUUUAGGCUUGACCUACAGUAAUUCAAAAAAAAGUUUUUUAUCAGGACAAUACAAGGUUUUCAUGAAAAGAGGCCUUGAACUGGAUGCAGAAAAUGAAUGGAAACGACCGCUGCAUAAAAAAAAAAAGUUUCCACAUUGCUGGAUAUUAAUUGAAAAUGUCUGAAUAUUAAUAGAUGGCGUCAGCUGUUUCGGGUUGAUGCUGAAACCCGCUGUGGAGAAUGGUCUGUGUUGUUCAUAGAAACAAAUGUGCUUGGACGUUGUAUUUGGCUCCUGCUGUUUGCCUGGAAUGACAGUGGACACUCACAUCAAGCAUGAAGUGAAUUUUCUUUUCCUUUGCAAAAACAAUAUGAUGGUUGUUGUUAUUCUCACCCUUUGGCUGUUAAUUUUACGCUCCUAACAGUGUCACAUUUAUAAAGAAAAUGGUUGCAACAGCUUGUGUGAACCAAUCAUCAGUGUGUUGGAGUUGUUGCAGGAAUUUGAGGUUCAUUACACUUGUACCGACCUCCUCCGUGUUAAAGAUGCUGGAAGAGUUACGACCAUCUUAUCUCGUCCAUACCUCAGUCAAAGUUUUUAAGUGCUGGUUGAGUUGCAUUCUCUGUAAAACAAGUUUUCAUUUCAGUGCUAUUAGUUUACAGUUGUUGUUUUUUUUUCAGCCGAAUGUGUGUCUGUGGUGAAUUAGGCCUGUCAGUGGUUCAUGUCGGGGUGCAGGCAGUGUAAAUAAUUUGCUUGUGUAUCUCAGAUUUUAUUUCUUGACAAUAUAGGGUUCUUUUUUUUUCUUGAGAAAUCCUAGAGCUUGAGAAACUGUAUUAAAUGUAGAUAUGUUGAUAACAUAAAUGCCUGGUUCAGUUUUCAUUUGUUCCCAUUAAACCAUGAACUUUGAGUUUGUUUGUUGUUUUUGUGACAUGCGAGCAUCAUUAAAGAGAUACCAAGUAUGA